GUCUACAUAAUUCCAGACACACUGAACACAAACACAGAAUGGAAACUUUCUCUCUAGUAAAUAUGCAAUAAUAGCUUUCAAAAGAAUCAGUAUAGACCUCUACAACUCGAUUCAUUCCUUUUAAAACUUACUUUUUUUCGAAGAAGCCACCUGCUAUUCAAGAUGCUUCAGAAGUGUGUCGGGUUUCUGUGUAUCUCUUUAGUCCUCUGUUCCACCCUUUCUGAGACUUUCGGACGGGUUCUUUCGGCAAAAGAAAAGAGGGGCUGGACACUUAAUAGUGCGGGCUAUCUACUGGGACCGCGUCGUAUUGAUCAGCUUUUACUGAUAAAGGAUAUGCCCAGUGCAAGGGGGAAAGAAGAGCCACAAGGGAGCUAUGCUGUUGACAAUCACAGAUCUUUAAGUGAUAAGCAUGGUCUGCCAGGCAAGCGUGAGCAGCAGAUUGACGAUGACAUUAAAUCAGGUGCUCUAAGAAUAGCAGAUGAAAAUGUAAUACGGACCGUGAUGGACUUUUUGUCCUACUUGCGGCUGAAAGAAAUUGGAGCACUAGAUGAUCUACCCACAUCAGAAGAAGGAACUCAACCAUAACCAAAGUGUGCAUGGAUUCAAUAGCCGUGAUUCUGGGAUGCAGGAACUUCAACAUGCUUUAAAGGGAGCUGAGAUAUUGUCAGCAGCAAAGCCGAUCUAGCAGACUUCUGUUGAUACUUUUCCUAAUAUGCCAUGUGUUAGUGUUUACGUCUUUCUGUACUACUGUUGAAUAUCAAUGAGGUUUUUUUUUGUUUGAAAAACAUCUUACUCAAUAAAACUAGAUAACUGC